UUGUCCUCCUGGCCGCCAUUAAAGAAUUCAAUCCAUGAACUGAAAUAAUGGAAAUCUGCAGGACCCAUGGAUCACUGAGAGAGGAGUAGCCGAUGAGUACUGUCGCUAUUUUAGGAUUUCAUCCGUUUUAAGAGUAGUUUUACAAUGUCUGAGCACUGUGAUGGUUUUACUGAAAAGGAGGGCGGUGUAGCAAAUUGUUUUAUGUAGCUAGCAAGCUAGCGUUGAAGCUCUGGUAUGUUAGCUUGUGUGCUAGCAGGCUAGGAGAGAUCAGGGGGAGGGGAGAGUUCCUUUGCUUUGAAAUUGUUUCAGAUCAGCUAGCUGGCAUUAGCAUUAGCACACCAGGGACACAAGCUUUUGAGGUGAAGUUUUUUAGUUUUCGAGCACUUAUUUUUAUCACUUAUCUAACUUUUCUGGUGUUUAAUUUAAUGUCAGUUUUCCCAGAUCAUGUUAAAACUGCUUAUUUUAUGUUAAGGAUAUGUAGCGGCAAUCUUGCGGCUAACCAGAUCAGACAAUACAUUUCAAACAGGAUUGAUGAAUCGAAUAGCUAGAAGCUUACAGUUGACGCUAUUUGGCUGCCUGUUAGCUUAGCUUCUAGGCUAGUAGUAGCUAGCGCCGGUUAGAAGUUGUCUGUUUGACUAGCGGUAGCUAGCUGUAGCUAGCAAGUUGUUCAGUGCUUUAACGGGAUAAUUGCAACUAAACAGUGCACUACCAGCGAGAUAACUGGAUCAGUUAUUGCCCUCGAUGGUGAUUGAGACAAUGGACUUUAACGUUACAACCACGCAGUAAAAGGAUGAGUUCGUGCUUUGUGCCAAACGGGGCCAGUUUGGAGGACUGCCACUCCAACCUCUUCUGCCUGGCUGAUUUGACUGGAAUUAAAUGGCGGCGUUUUGUGUGGCAAGGACCCACCUCUUCGCCCAUCCUAUUCCCUGUGACUGAGGAGGACCCUAUCUUAUGUAGCUUCAGCCGCUGCCUAGCGGCAGAUGUGCUGAGUGUGUGGAGAAGGCACCACACCCCGGGUCGCAGAGAGCUCUGGCUUUUCUGGUGGGGAGAUGACCCCAGUUUUGCCGAGCUUAUCCAUAAUGAGCUCUCAAGUGAGGAGGAUGGUGAGUGGGAGAGUGGCCUGUCCUAUGAGUGUCGGACGCUCCUGUUUAAAGCCAUCCACAACCUUCUUGAGCGCUGUCUCAUGAAUCGGAGCUUUGUUCGCAUUGGCAAGUGGUUUGUUAAGCCAUACCAGAAGGAGGAGAAGACAUUGAAUAAAAGUGAGCACCUGUCCUGCGCCUUCACCUUCUUCGUGCAUGGUGACAGUAAUGUGUGCACAAGUGUGGAGAUCGCUCAACAUCAGCCUCUCCAGCGACUGAGUGAGGAACACCUCAGCCUCGCACAGCAGAGCUCCAGCCCAUUACAAGUCAUCCUGAGCCCCUAUGGCUUAAAUGGGACCCUUACAGGCCAAGCUUUUAAGAUGUCAGACCAUCCUACUCAAAAGCUCAUAGAAGAGUGGAGGCAAUUUUAUCCAAUCAGUCCCAAUCCCAAGGACCUUCAGGAAGACAAGAUGGAAGAUUCGGACUGGGAAGAUGACUCCCUGGCAGCCGUUGAGGUUCUUGUUGCGGGAGUUAGGAUGGUUUAUCCUUCCUGCCUGGUGCUCCUCCCCCUGUCGGACCUCCCUGCUGUGGUUCCUCAGGGUUCAGCAAACACCUCAGGAAGCCUGUGUGGUGCUCAGCAGGGCCAGGCCACUCACAGAGACCCCGCCAUGUCCUCCGUCACUCUGACUCCUCCGACAUCACCAGAGGAAGCUCAGACUGAUUAUCAGCCUGCCCAGAAGUGGCUAAAGUUGUGCUCUGCAUCCGACGGCUACAGCUCGAACAACAGCCUUCACGGAGGUAAAAUCCCUCGCAGGCUGGCCAGCCAGAUGGUGGAGUCUGCGUGGCAGGAGUACAACAUAAACCAUACAGGGAACAAGAGGAAGUUUACUACCUUAACCAAUGGAACCUGCGAAGAGGAGUCAGAUAAAACUGGAUUUUGGGAUUUUGUGGAGUCGACACACAGGCCACACUGCAAUUGCUCAAGACAUAAGAAUCAAAAACAACGAUCCAGCAGCACCUCAGGACACCCAUCUUCAUCAGGUCAGCCCGCCCAGCCGGCCCCCAAGCACAAGUUGGGCGAGAAGCUGGAGAAAGGUGAGAAGCAGCAGAAGAGGCCGCAGACACCUUUUCAUCACCGCAACUCCGUGAGCGAGGAGCAGUCGCUGGAGCCGCAGAGCCAGAGGCUUUGUCUAAGAGCACAGGAGGAUGGCUCGUAUCCCAGCCUGCACCACGUGGACACAGCGCCCUCCAAAGCCCCAACACUGCACACGCACGGCCCCCCUGCGGACCUUGUCGGAUCACCUCCUCCUCCUCCUCUCAGUCCUCAUCCUUGUGACCACAUAGAAGGAGACAUGACUCCAGGGGGCAUGAAGAACUCCUCAACGCCCAUUCACCAACCCUUCUACCCCCCGUCGGUAGAGCCGUGUCUGCUGCCUCAGAAGAACUCCUCUGAAGAACCUCAGCUGGAAAACAUGUCUAUGCCUCUGCAGUUUCCCCCAACAUACAAUGAGACGUUAGAACCUACUGUUUUUGUCGGUUCAGCCAUCAAUCCCAAUGAAGAUUCGACCCACAACCCCUGGAAGUAUUUCAACCUGCCCAAGAAGAAGGCUUCCCACAUCCAGACACCCCAGCUACCUGUGGAUAAAAUACGGGAUGAUUCUGGAGGAGGAGGAGCAGAAAAUGUAGAGUCUAUCACAGAGUUGAUGGCAGCAACCACACAGCACCUGAAGGUUUCUCAAGAGCUGAUUAAGACUUAUGCCCAGCGAAGAAACAGUUAUCUCGUCUCCGCCACCGGGGACGGAGACCACAGUGAGGAACCAGACCCUUACGCCUUUGUUGAGGGAGACGAGGAGUUUAGCUUUACUGAGAAGAAAGACAAGCCUGGACCUGAAAGAGAGGGCAACAAGAAACACAAGACUGAAGAAGGAGCUGGUUCUUCAACUGAAGAUGGCCAGGGUCCAUCAGGCAGCAAACCUACCGCCUCAACCAGCCUCAUCCAUGAGAACGACUUGGCUGUGUCCUACAGUGACCUGGAUAAAAUCUUCAAUUCCGAUGAAGAUGAAUUGGCGCCUGGAUCAAAACGAGCUGGUGUUGGUACAGAAGACAAAUUUGGCAGUAAAGAACCUAAAGCAGCCACACUGGACCCACUGUCUUGUAUAAGCUCAGCAGAUCUUCACCAGAUGUUCCCCACCCCACCCUCCCUCGAGCAGCAGGGUUAUUCUCCCAUGAACUCUGGGAGCAAGGAUAGCCUGGAAGCAGGGCCAGGGCUUACCCUGCUGGAUGGUAGCCAGCUCAACAACCACUUCAAGGUGGAGGUGGAGGAGGGUUUCUGCAGUCCAAAGCCAUCUGAAAUAAAGGACUUCUCCUUCGUAUAUAAGCCAGAGAACUGUCAGUCAUUCAUCGGCUGCUCCAUGUACGCUCCCCUGAAGACGCUACCCAGCCAGUGUCUGAUACCCAUCAAACUGCCAGAAGACGGUGUGUACACGCCCAGUUGGACUCUGGGAAAAAUGGAUCUGAUGCCCUCAAACGUCACUGUCCCCAAAGACGGUGCUGAGUCUGACUACAUCCAGACAUAUACCCCUCAAACUCAAACGCCCUUCGUGUCGGGCAGUGCACCUCCCAGCAACAGUGGCGCUGGCAUCCUGCCGUCCCCAGCCACACCACGUUUCUCUGUGCCCACGCCUCGUACACCUCGCACCCCACGGACUCCUCGGGGACCAUCGAGCGUCCAGGGCUCCCUCAAGUAUGACAACUCCGACCUUUAUUCCCCUGCCUCGACACCUUCCACGUGUCGGCCCCUCAGCUCAGUGGAACCAGCCACUGUACCCUCCAUCCCAGAGGCUCACAGCCUCUACGUCACGCUUAUACUUUCUGAGUCGGUCAUGAACCUCUUCAAGGACUGUAACUUCGAUAGUUGUUGCGUGUGCGUCUGCAACAUGAACAUCCGUGGGGCAGAUGUUGGUGUUUAUCUCAAGGACAACGGAGAGGCCCAGUAUCCUUGCACUUGUGGCUUCAGUGCUGUCGCCAAUCGACGCUUUGGCCAGUCUGCAGGGCUUUUCCUGGAGGAUGAACUGGACGUAGUGGGACGGGGCUCAGACGCCAGCCGUGAUACAGAGCGGAGUUUCGAAGAGCUGCGGGCUUCCUCUACACACAAGGCUGGCAGCCUGAAGGAGAAGCCUCCAGAUGAGCUUAUCUUGCUGCUGCAGGACCAGUGCACCAACCCAUUUGCUCCAAUGGCUGGUGUGGAGUACCCCAAGCCAAGCUCAGCCCCCAGUUCUUUCCUAAGGGUUGAGGAGAGAGACUGUUAUAAUGACUGCUACAUGGCAUUGGAGCAUGGCAGGCAGUUCAUGGACAAUAUGUCAGGAGGCAAAGUAGAUGAAACACUAGUGAAAAGCACCUGUCUUCAUCAGUGGCCAAAAUGCAAAUCUGCUGACAUGAGCAAGCUAUUCUCUCAGGACGUCCUGCGGGUGUUGUUGUCCCUCCAGCCUGUACUUCAGGACACUAUCCAGAAGAAGAGGAGUGUGCGCUCCUGGGGUGUGCAGGGACCACUCACCUGGCAGCAGUUCCACAAAAUGGCUGGAAGAGGGUCAUAUGGUACCGAUGAGUCUCCUGAGCCUCUGCCCAUUCCUACCUUUUUGGUUGGUUAUGAGUAUGAUUUUGUAGUGCUGUCUCCUUUUGGGUUGCCCUACUGGGAGAAGCUUCUCCUAGAUCCUUUUGGUUCCCAGAGGGAUGCAGGAUAUGUUGUCAUCUGCCCAGAAAACGAGGCUCUGCUUCGAGGAGCCAAAACCUUCUUUAAAGAUCUGAGUGCUAUGUAUGAGGCAUGCCAGCUCGGGCAACACAGACCCAUCUGUAAGAGUCACCCAGAAGGCAUUUUGAAGGUCGGUGCUUCAGAAGGCAAGAACAUGACAGAGCAGGCACUUAGUGACUGGUUUCUCAAGAUGGCUGCCAGAGAUGGGAACAAUCAAGCCUUUAAUAAGCUCAAACUCUUUGCUCAAGUGUGCCGCUAUGAUCUAGCUCCAUAUCUGUCGGAGCAGCCUUUGGAUAGCUCUCUAUUGUCCCAACGCAGCCCCACUGUGGCCUCCUCCUCCCAGACCUCCAGCUCUUCCAGCACCUCCUCAGGAUCCCAGAGCUCCAACACUACCACCUCCAGCACCAGCUCUGCCCAGCCGGCCCAAGUCAACAGCACCCCUCCCUCUUCCUCUGCAGGCUCCCAGACAAUUGGUGGAAUGGCUUCAUCCAAGCCCAGUUCCUACUCUCCGUUUGGGGCGGCAGGCCUGCAAAGCGGCACGUCGCAGAACGGACCCCAGUCAAAUGCACAGGGCCCAGGGGCGGAAAAUGGACCCUCCAACAACCAGCCUCAAGGAGUUGCUGAGGCACCAGAGAGCACAAUGGAGAGAGACAAAGUGGGCAAGCCUACUGACGGAGAGUCCCACGGUGUUUCUUACCCACCUGCCAUUGUGGUAUACAUCGUAGACCCGUUUAGCUAUGAAGAGGCAGAUAAAGAGGCCCACUCCAGCACUUACACUCUGGGCCUGCUGCGCUGCUACAUGGAGAUGCUUCAUUUUCUUCCAGUUCACAUCAGAAACGCUGUCUCAGUGCAGAUUGUGCCCUGCCAGUACCUGCUACAGCCAGUCCACAGUGGGGAGCGCCACCUCUACAGUCAGCACCUCAAGUCGUUGGCCUUUUCUGUGUUCACUCAGUGCCGAAGGCCUCUGCCCAACUCCACCAACUUCAAGGCUCUGACAGGCUUUGGUCCUGGUCUUGCCAUUGACAUGGCACUGAAGAACCCAGAGAGGCCCGAGUGUCUGCGUUUGUACACUCCCCCAUUCAUUUUGGCUCCAGUCAAAGAUAAGCAGACUGAGCUGGGGGAAACAUUCGGAGAGGCGUCUCAGAAGUACAACGUCCUGUUUGUCGGUUAUUGUCUGUCCCAUGACCAGCGCUGGCUGCUGGCCUCCUGUACUGACCAACAUGGAGAACUGCUGGAGACCUGCAUCAUUAGUAUUGAUGUUCCAAACAGGGCUCGCAGGAAAAAGGGCUCAGCCAGGAGACUGGGUUUGCAGAAGCUGUGGGAGUGGUGUCUCGGUCUUGUGCAGGUGACAUCACUGCCAUGGAGGGUGGUGAUUGGUCGGCUUGGCAGAAUGGGUCAUGGCGAGCUGCGAGACUGGAGUAUUCUGCUGAGCAGGAGGAACUUGCAGUCCCUCAGUAAGCGUCUGAAGGAGACAUGUAGGAUGUGUGGCAUCUCUGCUGCUGACACUCCCAGCAUCCUUAGCGCCUGUCUGGUUGCCAUGGAGCCACAGGGUUCUUUUGUUGUCAUGCCAGACUCGGUGUCAACGGGUUCGGUGUUUGGGCGCAGCACCACACUCAACAUGCAGACGUCGCAGCUGAGCACACCUCAGGACACAUCUUGCACACACAUCCUGGUGUUCCCCACCUCAGCCAUGGUGCAGGUCAACACUAACACUUCAGAGCCCAUUGACAUCAACUUCAAUCCUAUAAACCCUGAUGGAUCUGAUGGAAUGGGAUUCUUCGACCUGUUCGACAAUGAUAUGGUGGAUCCAGACCUUAUCAACAUUCUUCCCAAUUCUCCCACCACUUCUCCUGUUCACUCCCCUGGCUCCCACUACCACCAAGGGGGUGAUGGAAGCAAGGGCCAAAGUGCAGAUCGUAUGGAGUCCCACGAAGAGGCCCUGAAUAUCCUGCAACAGCCAAUGGCUCUGGGCUACUUUGUCUCCACAGCCAAGGCUGGACCACUGCCCGACUGGUUCUGGUCAGCCUGCCCACAAGCCAAGAACCAGUGCCCACUCUUCCUCAAGGCCUCUCUACACCUACACGUGUCUUCUGUCCAAUCAGAUGAGCUUCUGCACAGUAAACACUCCCAUCCUCUGGACUCGAACCACACCUCUGAUGUGCUCAGAUUCGUUCUAGAGCAAUACAACGCCCUCUCCUGGCUGACGUGUGACCCUGCGACCCAGGACCGGCGCUCCUGUCUGCCCGUUCACUUUGUGGUGCUCACCCAGAUGUACAACUUCAUCAUGAACAUGCUCUGAACUUUAACAGGAUCAAACUUGCCGGGAUGCCAUUGGACAGAUCAUGGAUUUUCUGCUACAAAGGAUCCCCGACACUCGAAGGACCUCACACUCCUAUCAGGGCGAGCGUGGAGAAAGCAUCAUCCCCAACCCUCGUCCUCCCUGGUGUAUCUCACCCAACACUGACUGGAAGUUUCCAAUCAAUCAAUCAGAUGCCAAGAAUACAUUUUAGCAUUUUGGAUGAUCAAGGGACGUUUCAUAAAGGAGAAUAAAUUGUCUUUUUAAUGACUGUAGAUUGCAAUCUAUGAAAUUUUAUCUUAUGAAAUGCCUGCAUAUAUUAUUUAUUGUAAGUUUUUAAAUGUGGAAUUUUUAAUGCUUAAUAUCUUUUAUAUAUUACAAAUCCUAGAGGGUGUGUACAUCUCACUGUAAAGGAAUUGGUUUAAAAAGUGUAAUUUUCUCAAUUACAACAUGGAAAAACCUGUUCAAGUGAAUUUGCUGUAGAUUGCUUUUAGAAUAUUAUUUUUUCAAAGGGUACAGACCUUUUUAUUACCAUGCUGUAAAAAUGAAGUAAGCUGGCCUGGGCAUUUGCGUCCCACCCAAUGAGUGGAUGAGACUUACCUCUCUGUCUGCUUUGGCUCCAGAGUCUCUUGCACAGUAACUCAACGAGCUCUGAAGAGGAAUUAAAAGGUACAUUGUCAGAUUAUAUAUUUUAUAUAACAGAUUUAGGUAAUUGUGUGUGUAUAUGUGUACAUAUAAUUGUGUGCCGCUACUGAUGGUGCAGCUUCUGUUUUAGGAAUAAAGUGCGUCUACCUU